GAAGGCAGACACAACAACCCCAAACGACGGUGACAAAGCACGGGGCUGAAAGCUGAAAUUCUAUUUUAACUUAUUUGUGUUCCGCGUCAUUCAUACUGACUGACAGCUCGGCACAGACCCAUUGUUGAUCUUGUGUUCAAUGUCUCUGGAGUUCCAGUGGAGCUGAUUAAAAAGUCACAGUGCUUUUUACGUGCUGGAUAUUGUUAUAAGUAACUCACAAUGGAUCGCCUUUUAAGACUCGGUGGUGGAAUGCCUGGCCUGAGCCAGCCCCCACCCUCCUCAGAUGCCCCCGCUGUGGACACCGCAGAACAAGUAUACAUCUCAUCCUUGGCACUUCUCAAAAUGUUGAAGCAUGGACGUGCGGGUGUCCCCAUGGAGGUGAUGGGUCUCAUGUUGGGAGAAUUCGUGGAUGAUUACACUGUCCGCGUAAUUGAUGUCUUCGCUAUGCCCCAAACGGGGACGGGUGUCAGUGUUGAAGCUGUUGACCCUGUUUUCCAAGCCAAAAUGUUAGAUAUGCUCAAACAAACUGGCAGACCAGAAAUGGUAGUUGGUUGGUACCAUUCCCAUCCUGGAUUUGGCUGCUGGCUCUCUGGUGUGGAUAUCAACACGCAACAGAGUUUUGAGGCCCUUUCAGAGCGAGCUGUUGCUGUAGUGGUUGAUCCCAUCCAGAGUGUGAAAGGAAAAGUUGUGAUUGAUGCCUUCCGACUUAUCAACCCAAACAUGAUGGUGCUUGGACAAGAACCUAGACAGACCACAUCAAAUCUGGGCCAUCUUCAGAAACCUUCAGUUCAGGCUUUAAUACACGGGCUGAAUCGUCAUUACUACUCCAUCAGUAUUAAUUAUCGUAAAAAUGAGCUAGAGCAGAAAAUGCUGCUUAAUUUACAUAAAAAAUCGUGGAUGGAUGGCCUGACUCUUGCUGACUAUUCUGAACACUGCAAGCUGAAUGAGGAUACAGUAUCCAACAUGUUGGACUUGGCAAAGAAUUACAACAAGGCGUUGGAAGAUGAGGAGAAGAUGACCCCAGAGCAACUUGCGAUAAAGAAUGUAGGCAAACAAGAUCCCAAGAGACACUUAGAAGAGAAAGUUGAUGUUCUUAUGGCUGCCAACAUUGUGCAAUGUCUUGGUGCUAUGCUAGAUACUGUGGUUUUCAAAUAA